AUGGGGGUUCGGGAGUUCAACGACAUUGUCAAUGUUCCUUUCUCAUCAGAAGCUUUUGUUGCGGGCGUGUUGGCAUAUUUCCUGGACAACACACUGCACAAGAAGGAUGGUGCAAUAAGGAAAGACAGAGGUAAGCAUUGGUGGGACAAGUUCCGGUCCUUCAAGACAGAUACAAGAAGUGAGGAAUUCUACUCCUUGCCUUUCAAUCUGAACAAAUAUUUCCCAUCUGUAUGAUUUGUGCAUCACUGAGAUAGAAGGUGGCCUUACUAUAUUCAGCUCCCUCAGUCACUUGGAAAUUCUAUUUGUGGGGCCGAAUUAGUCCACCGGUGUCCUUUCACUUGUGUAUCCUAAUACAUGCUAAAGACGUAGAAGUCAGUCUGGUGAAUUAAAAAAUGCUUAGGGCAUUGGUUUAAUACGUUUCGUGAUGUAAAUCUAAUGAGUUACGUGGAUUUGGAGUAGCAACAAAGCAAGUUUGCUACUUUCAACGCUGUUUUUUGUCCAGAAUUUUGCUGUACAAUUUUAUUCCCUGCAUCUACAAGUUAUAAUUAUGAGAACACCUGCAACUCUAAUUGGUAUACUGAGUAAUUUCCUUCUCGGGUAUGUAGAGUACUCUCUUUUUUUCGGAUGAUCUAGGGCUUCUUGUUCUUUGAGUUAAUGGAUUUUGUGACCCUGUUUAUCCCAGAUAGCAGAUUAUGUUGCGUAAUGUAAAUUACUGGGCUGACCAUUUCAAU